CUGGGGCUCGCUCUACCACUGCUGCCUGGCACCACCAAAUUGCGAUUGAUUGAUUGCUUCCCCCCCUCUCGCAAAUUGUUGCGCAAUUCUUACUUACUAUUGCUGUGGACCUGCACCCCAGCGAGAGUUUGUUUUUGUCGCCGAGAGAAUUCCUCACUUGGGUCCACUCCAAUCGGUAAUUUCGAUCAGCCAUGGAGCUGGUUGCAGGUAUGGCUGCGCCUGCUACCACGAAUCCCAGCUUGAUGAUCAGUGGCUUGGCGAAUUCUAGCGGUUGCAGGUUGCGCGCGGCGAGAGCGAUUCAGGGUUUGCAUUUGCCGGAAUUGAGGGUGCGAGCAGGUCGGGCGUUGGUAUGGCGGGUGGGUGCGACGGGGAGUGCGAAGCGGGGCGUGGUGGUGAUGCAGGCCAGUUCGAAUGGGAACGAUCCUGGAAGCGAUUCGGAAGUAGAUGACAAGGUUUUGCCCUACUGCGACAUCAACAAGAAGCAGAAGAAGACGCUGGGCGAGAUGGAGCAAGAUUUUCUUGAGGCCCUGCAGUCUUUUUACUUUGAUUCCAAACCCAUCAUGUCGAACGAGGAGUUUGACCUUUUGAAGGAGGAGCUGACAUGGGAGGGCAGUAGUGUCGUGAUUCUGAGCUCGGACGAGCAGCGGUUUUUGGAAGCGUCGUUGUCCUAUGCUGCUGGAAAGCCUAUUCUGUCUGAUCAGGCAUUCGACGAACUAAAGCUGAAGCUGAAGCAGAAGGGUAGCAAGGUGGCUAUGGCAGGACCUCGGUGCAGUCUCCGGAGCAAGAAGGUGGUGAGCGACGCAUCAGUGGAUUAUGUCAAGAUGACAUUGCUGAAUUUGCCGGCUGCUCUCAUUGCCCUAGGUUUGGUCUUCUUUCUGGACGAUAUCACAGGGUUUGAGAUCACGUACUUGCUUGAGUUACCCGAGCCGUACAGUUUCUUAUUCACAUGGUUUGUCGUGUUGCCCACCACGUUCUUGAUGGCACAAUCUCUUACAAAUAUAGUAUUAAAGGAUGCUCUGAUCUUGAACGGCCCGUGCCCGAAUUGUGGAGCUGGGGUUAACAGUUACUUCGGUAGCAUUUUGACCAUCCCCAGUGGAGGACCAUCCAACAACGUCAAAUGUGAAGCUUGCGGUUCCAGCAUGAUUUUUGAUAAAGAUACGCGCCUCAUCACUCUCGACGACAGCCCUCCAGAAAAGAAAGCUCCUAGGCCAAAGAAGCCAGCGAAACCUGCAUCCGAGAAGGUCUCUUCAUCAGCCUAAAUGCAAUCCUAGUCUCAUGAAUGUGAGAUUACUGCAUGUUCAGAUUACUGGUCGAGAGUAUUAAUUUUAAAGUGAGUUGUGUUAAUUCAGGGACAAAUAGAGAGCCCUUUGGCUGAACAGAACAGGACCACUCUCUGUUUGUAAUUAUGAUUGUAAAUGGAGUGAGUAGAUUGGCACCCAUUCUAGGAGUGUAUCCAGCUGCACAUGCCAAGACUGUCCGUUGCGCAGUUGUAACAUAGUGAAUCCCGUGGCCUGCUUCCAUCCUGAUUAGUCGAUAACGUGGAGAACAAGGCAGUCGUCCUGAUUUUACGACCUCCCUUGGCACCCAGACAUGAAGAGAAAUAUUUUUACCCACAGAAACAGACCCAUUGUCCACUUAUUUGCAUUCGAGUGUCUUCCUCUUAAACAUUUC